AAUUGCAUUAAUUAGCAUUUCAUAAGCGUAUCAUGGAUGUAUUGUAAUUUUGUCCCUGAUCUCUUGAUGUAAAUUGAGAUUGUCCCUCUCUAUGUGACGUUGGAUGAUCAACUAGGUAAUAUUCUUACCAAAUCGUCGACUUUGUUCACCUUCAAUAACUUUUAUUCUGAGCUUGACAUUUUCUGAUUUUUGUGUUCCACCAUGAGGGGGAGUGUUGAAGUUCUUUUUUCUUUUUGUAUUUAUUAUUUAGAAUGUUUUAGUGUAGCGCAAUAUUUUAAUUGUCUUCAAUAUCAAUCUAACAAAAAUAAGUGAUAGGGUAUAGGCAACAUAUGUCCUAUGCGCAAGAUUGUUUCACAGUCUCUUUCUUCCCCUCUUCUUUGUUCACCUCUUCCUUUUUCCUAAACCCUAAUGCUCAAUUAUUCAAUUUUCAACUCAGACUUUUUGUUGUUUCCACUAUAUUUUUGUAAUGCCUUGGGUUUUAAGCCCACAUUUUAUGUUGUGCCCAGUGAUUUUAUCUUUUUUGAUUUGGGCAGCCAGGUUGGUACUUGCUUUAGGAGCUGAAGCUAAGCUCGAUGUUGUACCAGGUGCUGCAGAAUUCGCAUUGCCGUUCUCCACUUUGAAGGAUGCUCAAAAGGUUGACGAGAAGUUGAAAACUUUGGAGCGGAAGAACUUCGGUAAGGACUCCCGUAUUCGUGUGGCUAUAGUCGGAUGUGGUUAUUCGGGAGUUGAGUUGGCUGCCGUAGUAUCCGAACGACUGCAAGAUAAGGGAGUUGUGCAAGCAAUUAAUGUGGACACCACAAUCCUACCAAAUGCUCCGCCUGGCAAUAGGGCAGCUGCCUUAAAAGUAAGAAAUUGA